CAGAGGCAAUAAAUAGAGCGGUAAGAGCACGCGGUGCUCAGCGCUGCUUAUGGGCAGCACAGCCCCCCAUCCCAGCCAUCUUCUGCCGUCCUCAUCCACACGCUGUGAUGGCGGUUUUGCAGCUCGGCUCUUAGCAUCACCUUCACCAGAACGCGACCCGUCUGCUGUCUGAGCGCAGCGUUGUUACACGCGUGCUGUGUGUGUGCAGCUCUCGUGUGGUUCUGGUCGGGUUUUGGUCCCGAUUACCAUUGCACAGUCACGCUCUUUCUAGGUGACCCGGGAGCCCCCUGGAGACGCCUCUUUGUAUUCGGCUCUGCUUAUUAAUGAAUGCGGAGCCGAUAUAAGCGCAGUCAGCUUUGUGGUACUUUUGAGAUGACGGCAUCUUACGAAGCGUAAAUUGUUUUCUGCUGACUUUAUGUAUGUUUGAAGAUGGUGUGAAAAAUCCAACUCUCGUAUUAAACUCUACACGCGAUGGCGGUGAGGGCUGUGUGGUGGCAGCAGGGCACAGCAGCACUUCGUAUUUCUGAACCGAAGAGAUGAAAGAGAAACCAGCAGCCAGCGCAUAUCGGAUUCAUGUCAGUCCCUUGGCUGUGUUCAGCACUGGAAGUGUUUCUGAUGACCAAAUUUUUCUCCCGGUGUCCAUAUCGAACUCCCUCCGGUCUCCUUUGUGAUUUCCUCUGAAGAAGUCAGUUUACACAUGUUCCUUUGGGCUUUUUGCAUCAACACUUGUGCCCUUCCCUGGCUCAGCGCCCGGUGCCAACAGAACACCUUGCAGGAUCCUCAGCAGCGCAGACAACACAACGAAGGAUGAGGUGCAGGCAGAGGUGUGAACACUGCUUUCUGAACAGUUCCACAAUGGCACCUGUCUUCCAACAGCAGCUGGAUGCUCAAGAGCAGAGGAUCUAUCAACUGCAGACCAAGCAGAGGCAGAGGCAGAGGCAGGCAGAACCGGAGCAGUAAUGCAGCCAGAUCCAGCAGCUCAGCCAGGAGCUGGAGGCCACCACCAGCUGCAGGAGGAAGCUUGGAUGCAGCGUGACUGUGAAAAAUCACAGCACCAGCUGCACAUAAGAAACUCCUGGAAAGAAGAACAAAGCCAACUGUUCUCCAUGUCCACGAAGGCAUGCCCAAGAACUAAUGGGUGUAUCCUACAUCGAGAAAGAUUCAGGUUAGGAACAGCUUCUAAUGGAGAGGAGAACAAAGCAGGCAAACAGACUGCCAGGGGCCCAAGGAUUCUGCAUCACAGGGGAUCUUCAAGGACAGACAAACAGAAGAAAAGGCACAUAUAGAUUCCCUUGUCAUAGAACUGCAAGAUGGGCCAUCAAGCUCUUGAGAUUCAUGCCAGCCUUGCUCAUUUUCUAAACCCAGCUUUGUUCAUACCCUGAUACUCAUCCGUCUUCUUCAAAGCCCCACCAUAGUCUCCUUUAGCACUUAUGUGCUAUCAACAUAUCACUUGCCAGGGUGAUUGUUCUUUCUAGCAAAGUGACUGCGCUUGAGUCUUGGAUGGAUGCUUGCUUUCUACUGUGGUUCACCUGACCUCCAUGAGACUCAAUGCCUGCUUUGUGUUGUAAAUGGUGUCCCAUCUUGAGAUGCAUUGGCCAUGUUCCUGUGCUGGAUAGUAACAUUGAUCUGUGGGAGUAUUUUUCCCUCAAACUUGGAACCUCAUUCUUAUGCUUCUGCAGGCUUGUUCAUAGGAGACUGGCUGAGGAGCACGCUCACUGCUGUUUUCCCAGGCUGAGGCUUUGCCAUCUGAGCACACCCAAAGGCGUUGCUGCUGUGUUUGUUUCCGGGGGAAGCGUGAAGCCCUGUGGGGACGAAGCCUGGUUAAGCUGAAAAAAAUGCAGCAGUUUUUCCUGCGGUCAGAGUUAUUUUUAACACCAAAGCACGGAGCAGCAGCCGCCGUCGAUGCAGUCAAUCCCUCCUCUGGCAGCACUGUGCAGCUCUGUGAGCCCCGCCGGGAUGCAGCCAUCCCAGGGUACAGCACCUAUGGCACCAAGCACAGCUCCACUCUGCACCUCAGCAGCGUGGCUGGAGUGCGGCACGAGGAUGGCACAGAGACGUGAGGGUGUGAAUACUUGAGAUUGGUACAAGGCUGCCAGAAGAUUCAGCCCCUGCCAGCACUGGGCACAGUGAUGGUUUGCUGUGCAACAACCUGGGCCAGGCACAGUGUCACCGGGUUCUGGUUCUAGGCAUUGUCCUCAGAACAAGACCAGGGCUGGGCUGUAGUGGGAAGAGUGCCAUGCCAUGCCUGGGAUGCAGCAUGGGCAAGGGGAAGGAGAGUGAUGCGGGGAGGUGAGAGCUGCAGGCACCGCUGGGGCCCUGCACCCUGGAGAGGAGGGACUGAUCCUGCUGGGGUUGGCAGAGAGAAUGGGACCAGAAUAUGGCACAUGCAGGGAGGUUCCUGAAGUGAGAUGCCAGUCUAAGGAGACCCAGGGAGUACUGCGAGGGGCAGAGGUGACCAUGGCAGAACAGAGCAGCCACAUCCAGCAGCAGCAGCAAGAGAUGGAGUCCUCUCAGUCCCAGGGCCAGAGAGAAGCAGUAGUGCUAGAGCCACAGUAUGGAGGGGCACAGACACACCAGGACUCACAGCAGCAGGACACACGAGCCUUCCUACAGAUGCUGCAGGUGGACUUGGACAUCUGCAGGGACCUGAACAACAUACGGCUGGCCCAGCUGCAUCUGCAGCAGCAUGUGGUGGAGCAGAAGCACCAGGACUUGAUCUCUCAGAAGCAUCAUUACCGGGCAAUAAUGGAGCAGGACCAGAAGGACACAGCUCAGAUAGAGGCCACUUCUGCAGAUUCCUGUAGUAGUUCCAGUGCAAGUGAUGAUCUCCUGGAGAAGUACACAGAGCAACUCGAGCAGGUGGCCAUGCAAGCAGGCACAGAGCACUGCAGACAGAGGUGGGAAGCCCAGGAGCAUCAGUGCUGGGCACGGGACACAACAUCAACAGGGCACAGUACUGCUAAGGAAGAAGCUCAGGGCAGAAGGAGGCAGUGCCAGCGAGCAGCCCUGUCUCAAGCAGCCCAGGUCCCAGCACAGUCACUGGCAGCCCAAAGCCACCUACAGCACGAGGAGGAACAGCUGCAGGCGAGUGCAGGGAGCACCAUGCAGUGCACAGAGGAACAGCCAUGCUCUUGUGCAAGGGGUAGCAUGCAGCACACAGCUGACAGCAGCAUAGUGGAGCUGCGAGCGCCGCAGGAGGUAGCAGAAAGCAGUUGUGGCCGUGCUUGCAGGGAGAUGGCAGUGUGGCUCCAGAUGGAGCUGAGCCGGUGGCAGCAGAAGCAGCAGGUGACUCUGGAGCAGUCACUGCAACACAUGCAUGCUGCUGCCCAUGCCAAACAGGAACUACAGAAGAGCCAAGAACAACUCCAAGCCCUGAAGAAGCAGCUGAAGGCUCAGAUGGAGCAGAACCGGACCCUGCAGCAGAGCCUGGAAAAGCAGCAAGAGGUGCUGACAGCCACCAAGGCCAGGGAGAUGCAAAGCUUGCAGCAGCUCAGUAGACACAAGCAGACAAUCCACGACCUACAGCAGAAAGCAGCCUCGAGCAGAAAGAAGAUGUCAGAGCUGCUAGAGCAGGUGGAGGAAGUGGCAUCCCUGAAGGCAGAGCUGGCCCAAGCCCAGAGAAAGAUAGGCCACAAUCUUCCACUCCUUGGUCGUUAUGAGGAAGAGAGGCAACAGCUCCACAGGGAACUCAAGAAGCAACAGAGGGCCCAGGCGCAGAGCCAGCAGGAGGCCCGCUCCUUCCAGGAGCAGCUGCAAAAGCUGAGCAGCCAAGUUCAGUACUGGCAGGAGUUACACCAGGACACUCAGCAAGCUCUGGCUAGACGGGAGGAUGAACUGUCUGUCUGCAACGCAGAGAUGGAUUUCAAGGAAGAAAUCAUCAAGGCCAUGAGACAGGCUCAGGCCAAGAACAGACGGAACCACGGCCCAAGGGCAGGAGGACUGCAACCUGAGCCCCAGGCACCGCUGAAGGACAGAUCCUGGCCUACAGGCAGGGCAAAGGUGGAAAGGCCAGGCCACGAGUGCGCUGACUGCAGAGCCAACACCAAGGGAGGAGGAGGCGGUGGGUCUGUAAAAGCCCUGCAUACUUCCCACACCCCAGCCUGUUCUAAUAGCAGUAGGCUGCACCAGGACAGGAAUCUGAUGCUGAUCAAUAACAGCCAGAGUGUGAAAGAGCAGAUGCAGUCAAAUGAGAAACAACACCACAAGAUCCAGCAGCAAGUCAAACAGACUGCAGAGUUCACAGGUGAAAACCAACAUCUUCAAGACACACCGGACAGCUUGCAUGUGGAAAACACAUACUUCAGGGCUAGAACACACGUACAGUACCAUAAUCAUGAGCAGAUGAAGGCUCUACAGGGCAACGACCUGACUGCACGAGCCCUGCAGAACUUGGCAGGGCUGUCUCUGCCUGGAACUCACCUCCAGGAUGAGAAGUGACACAAAACAACAGAAGGGUUAAAGACUGACAACCUUUAAACAAAUAAAAUUAUUUCUCUUCUGUAGCAAAAAUAA